GUCUUCGUGGCGGCCGUAAUCCGGCGAUCCAUUACGCGUGUGCGCUUCGUGAGCCGCCAUGGCGAGUCGAGGGGGUCGCAGCGGGGGGCGGGCGAACCCCAACGCCGCUCAGGUGGGUUAUGGCGGCGUCGGCGGCGGCGGGGAGUACUACGGAGGCCGCGGUGGCGGCAAUGCUGAUGGCGGCGCUGGCCGCGGGCGCGGGUACAACCAAGGGGGCGGUGAUGGUGGCGGCCAUGGCCGUGGCUACUACCAAGGUGAUGGCGGCGGCGGGGGUCGAGGACGUGGGUACCAGGGUUACCAAAGCGGCGGCGAUGGUGGUGGCCGUGGCCGAGGACGUGGCUACCAAGGCGGCGGUGAUGGUGGAGGCCGCGGCCGUGGCUACCAAGGGGAUAGCGAUGGCGGACGCGGCGGCCGAGGCCGUGGUGGCUAUCAGCAGGGCGGCAACGACUACGGUCGCGGCCGUGGUGGGGGUUACCAGGUCGGCAACGACUACGGUGGCGGCCGUGGAGGAGGAGGCGAUGGUGGCCGAGGCCGAGGCCGUGGCGGGUACCAGCAGGGCGGUAACGACUACGGCGGCGGCCGUGGUGGUUAUCAGGGCGGCAACAACUACGGCGGCGGCAGAGGAGGAGGCCAGAACCAACCCGUCCCGAAUCUGCACCAAGCCACGGGUCCUCCUCUGUCGGAUCGCUACGCCGCCGAGGCGGCCCAGCUCCGGGAGCAGUUCAAGGGGCUGGACAUCAACCGUGCGGAGCCGACGUUCCCGGCGCGCCCCGGGUUUGGCACCGCCGGGAGGUCCUGCGUGUUGAGGGCGAACCACUUCUUCGUCGGCCUCGUUGACAAGGGCCUGCACCAAUACGACGUGGCCAUCUCGCCGGAGCCGACCCUGCCGAGCGUUUACCGAGUUGUCAUGUCGAGUCUUGUGUCCGAGCACCAGCACACCAGCCUCGGUGGUCGCCUCCCCGCUUACGAUGGCCGCAAGAUCCUGUACACGGCGGGCGAGCUGCCCUUCAACAGCAAGGAGUUCGAGGUCACCUUGUCUGACAAGAUAGGUUCAUCUGGCCCAAGGAGGGAGAAAAAAUAUAACGUGACAAUCAAGCACACCAACUUGGUCAGCCUGCAGCAGCUCCAGAUGCUCAUGGCUGGGUUCUCGACAGACAUACCAGCGCAGGCGCUGACGGUCCUCGACAUUGUUCUGCGGGACAUCGUGCUCAACGAGCGCAAUGACAUGGAGUACGUCAAGGUAGGUCGGUCCUUCUUCUCGUGGAAGAUUGAGAGGCCCACGAACCUAGGCCUGGGUAUUCAAGGAUGGGCGGGGUUCUACCAGAGUAUCAGACCUACCCAGAGUGGAUUGUCUCUAAACAUAGACGUGUCUUCCACUGCUUUCGUUCAAGCAAUGCCGUUGAUUGACUUUGUGGGAGAGAUUCUGAAGAGAAACGGUGUCAUAAACAGUAUUACUGAUUAUGAUUAUGUGAAGAUAAAGAAGGCCCUCAGGGGUUUGAGGAUUGAAGUCACGCACCGAGGAGAGAUGCGCAGAAAAUACCGCAUUUCUGGCUUGACAAAGCAGUCUACCAGAGAUUUGAGGUUCGAAUCGUCAACUGGCGUAUCCAAGACUGUCAAGGAAUACUUUAGAGAAACCUACAACCUGCAACUACGUUACGAUUUUCUCCCAUGCCUGCAAGUUGGUACAGAGCAGAAACCAAACUAUCUACCAAUGGAGGUUUGCAAUAUAGUUUUGGGACAGCGGUACCAAAAGAAGCUGGAUGAAACUCAGGUUACUAAUAUGAUGGCGAUAACCUGCAAGCGUCCAUCUGCGCGUGAGACAUCCAUUCACAAAAUUGUCCAAAAAAACAAUUACAAUAGCACCAAACGUGCAAAUGAAUUUGGUAUAGAAGUUGACUAUAAUCCAACUUCUGUUCAGGCCAGAAUUCUGACUGCUCCAGUGCUUAAGUACUAUGGUUCUGGCUCUAACAAAUGCGUCCCAAAUAAUGGGAAGUGGAACAUGGUCGGAAAGAAAGUUGUAAAUGGUGCCAAGGUUGUGAAUUGGCUAUGUGUAAACUUUUGUCAUAAUUUGUCUCUGGAUGACGCUGGUCAAUUCUGCUUCAAUCUGAGUGCCAUGUGCCGCACUACCGGACUGAGCUUCCAAGAUGGGAAUCCUAAAAUAUCCUAUGUUCGUCCUGAACAAGUUGAAGCUGCUCUCAAGGAGAUAUGUCUGCAAGCGCGGGCAGUUCAAAAGAUUGACCUCUUAGUUGCUCUGCUGCCAGAUAAAAAUGGCAGCCUAUAUGGUGAUAUUAAAAGGAUCUGUGAAACAGACAUUGGUGUGAUGUCGCAGUGUUGUCUACGGAAAAAUGUCUUGAACUCAUCUCCUCAGUGUCUUGCAAAUGUUGCUCUAAAGAUCAAUGCCAAGUGUGGGGGAAGGAAUUCAGUAUUUGCUGAUAUACCAGCAAGUUUACCAGUUGUUUCAAACAAGCCGACCAUUAUAUUUGGCGCCGAUGUUACUCAUCCUAAUGCUCUAGAUGAUUCUGCCCCUUCCAUUGCUGCUGUUGUUGCUUCCCAAGACUGGCCUGAGGUAACCAAGUAUCAUGGUGAUGUUCACGCACAAGGUCACCGCGAAGAGCUUAUCCAAGGCCUUGAGGACAUUGUUAAGAAACUCCUCCUUUCAUUCCAAAGGGAAUCUAAGCAGAGGCCACAACAGCUGAUAUUCUAUAGGGAUGGUGUAAGUGAGGGACAGUUCAGACAGGUUUUGGAGAAGGAAAUUCCGGAGAUUGAAAAGGCAUGGAAGUCUUUAUACAAUGAGAAGGCACCUAUUACCUUCAUAGUGGUGCAGAAGAGGCAUCACACAAGACUGUUCCCAAGUGAUUCCAAUCAAGACACGGCUGGAAAUGUUCUUCCAGGCACAGUGGUUGAUACGAAGAUAUGCCACCCAACUGAGUUUGAUUUCUUCCUAUGCAGCCAUGCUGGGAUCAAGGGAACAAGCCGUCCUACGCAUUACCAUAUCCUGCGAGAUGACAAUAACUUCACUGCUGAUGCCCUUCAGUCUCUUACAAACAACCUAUGCUACACGUAUGCAAGUUGCACGCGCUCGGUGUCGACUGCUCCUCCUGCAUACUAUGCUCAUAAACUCGCAUUCCGAGCUCGAUUCUACCAAACCCUGGGCUCGGAUGUUGCAUCUGAGGUAAGCUCAAGCAGUGCAGCUCCACCUGGUGUGAUGAAGCCACUUCCUGAGAUCAAAGAUGAGCUGAAAAGGCUCAUGUUCUACUGCUAGUCCCUCUAAACCUGAAGAAACCCGAAGAGCUUGGUCUUUGAAGGAUAAGACCUGGAGAACAUCUUUAAAUAUUGGCGUUCCUUCUAGGAAUACACAUGGAUGUUUGAAAAUUAUUGUUAUUGGCGUUCCUUCUAGGAAUACACAUGGAUGUCUGAACAUUAUUUUGUUCCAUUUCUGUUGAUUUGAUGAACUUUAAGUCUUAUUAUGUACUCCCUCUGUUUUUUAAUAUAAGACGUUGGGGUUUCGACGUUGAAA